AGCGUAAAGGAGAGGUUUGGGAGGCAGGAAAGUGAAGUGGAGAAAGAUGGCUCUAUGGAUGGAUGAAGGGUCCGAUCCCAUGACCGAAAGCGAACAAUCUGACAUCGACGCUAUCACUGCUCUCAAAGACUCUGCUGCUCUCGAACUCAAGGAUGAUAGGGUGGGUUUUUUGAACCUCAUCUAGGUUUGGGACUUUGGUGAUAAAUACAAUGUGAGCACGAUUCAGCAAGCACAAUGUGAGCACAAUUAAGCUCUCUGAGUGUAUGACCUGUUGCAAAGAAGGCUUUGAUUGUGCCCACAACAAGGAUACUAUUGUAGGCCAGCACGAGUGAUAGCAGAUGGCAUGGAAAUCAUCUGGGUUGGACAUGGCCUGACAUUCUUGCCCGAUUCAAUUUGUGGCUGAGUUCUUUACCCUUCCCUUUGUCAUCUCUGUUCUUUUGUUCCUUCAGUUGGAAAAGGGCAAUCAGUAUGUUAAGAUGGGUAAAAAGCACUAUACAGAUGCUAUUGAUUGUUACACCCGUGCGAUAAACCAGAAAGCCUUAAAUGAUUCCGAGAACUCGAUUAUUUUUUCAAAUCGAGCCCAUGUGAAUCUGCUCCUGGGGAACUACAGACGUGCGCUGGUGGAUGCUGAGGAGGCUAUUAAGCUAUGUUCAACAAAUAUCAAGGCAUUUUAUCGAGCGGCUAAAGCUGCCUUCUCCUUAAAUUUAUUGACUGAAGCAGCUUCAUUUUGCCAAAGUGGACUCAAGCACUUUCCAUCUAAUGAAGAAUUGAAGAAGUUGGUGAAGCAAAUUGAUCUGCGGAGAACAGAAAUUGAAAAUCAUGACGCACAAGUCUUGAGGGCUGUGACUGCAGCUAAGGAUCUUGCCUCUGCGAUUGAGAAUAGGGGCUUAAAGCUGGGGAAGGCAAUGUAUCAAGAACUUACUGGAAUAAGGAAGCCCACAUUAGACAAAAACAAUAUUCUUCACUGGCCAGUUCUUCUACUAUAUGCAGAGGUUAUGUCCAGUGACUUCAUUGAGGAUUUCUGUGAGACUGACAUGUUCUCGAGCCAUCUUGACCAGAUGUAUUCAGAAGCUUGCCUACCAUUACCAUGGGAUAAAGAAUCUGCUUACACCCGUGAAGCAGUUGAGCUGUACUAUGAGGCUCAUGCUGGAAUUAUUUUAUCAAAGCGGGAAGUUCUUCAGCAUCUCCUACAGGGAACUGCAGGUUCUCUCUCAGAAAGCAUUUGUGAUGAAGGGAAGGAUGCAGAUGACAGUUCAACCCGUGCCGUCUCUUCAGGCAAAGGCUCUGGCAAGUGGGUGAAGGUGAAUGAAGAGAGAACUCUCCUCGAUAUUAUGCGGCAGCCAGACUGCAUUAUCCCGGGAAUCCCAGUGUUCUACGUUGUGUCAAACCGGUCCCCAUUCUACAAGGAGUUCCGAGCCGGGAAGUGGGCCCCGCCAUGACAUCAUGACCACAUCACCAAGGAGAUGAAUUUGGCUGUGUGAUAAUGAUUUGAAAAAAAAAAUAUAAAAAAUAAAGAACUCAGGCCUGUUUAAAGCAAACCUUGAAAAUUAGGAGAUUGUCAUCAUUGCCAUUAGUCAAACAUGAUGUUACUUUGAGGUUUCCUUGCGCCUGCUGUAACCAUAGAUCAAAAAAUUGAAAACUCAAUUUGUAUUGUUUAUAAUGACAAGAUUUUCAAG